CCGAAUCCCCCCUAUCCCAGAGCUGGCCGAGGGAAUGAAAGCAGCGCGCGGUUGGCGGAAGUGACGACACAGGCCGUGAGGUUGUUGCUGCGCAGGUUCGCUGAAAGAAAGGAAUAACCGGAGACCGACCGACCGAGUUACGUGAGUAUCCCGCUCCCCCCGCACUGGGAACACCGCCACGGCAGGUCCCCGCCCCCACCCAGUGUCCCUCCGUGCCCGGUAACGACUCGCCCUGCCCGCUGCCUCUCAUCCACUGUGGCUGCAACGUAGUCCGUAGCGCAGUGUGUCCUCCGCCUCCGCACGGUGCGUGUCCUCCGGGUUCCCGUCACAGACACACCGCCUGAGCGUCAUGACAAUCCCCGUCCGUACCCGCAGCCAGCCCACAGACAGCCAGCCAGACACCGCACAGAAUGUCCCUGAACUACAUCCCCCAUGAUGCUUUGCCCCCUGUUCUAUAACAACAGCUGGGCUCUGCAUUCUGCCCAUUCCUGGUCUGUAGGUGAUGGGAGGCGCAUAUUGCCAUCUCAUUCCUGGAAAUGUAGAACUGCAUUUUCUUUAUCCUUGUUUAUGUGUAAAAAAAAAAAAAUAUAUAUAUCUAUCUAUAUCUAUCUAUCUAUAUAUAUAUAUAUAUUUUUUUAAAUUUCGUUGUUUUUUUUUAAUUUCACAUAUGUAAUUUAUACAGUGUUUUUUUUCUUCAAAUUUUUCUCCAAUCAAAUAAUUAAAAUAACAUCCAUUUAAAAAAAAAAUAAAAAAAAUUUUUUAGGUAAAUGUUUUUUUCUUUUCUUCUAUGCUGGCUGCUCUCAAAAUUUUGCUUAUUUAUGCCACGAUCUGUCCGUUUUGUCUGCCCGUUACAUAGUGCUGAGUGUUACAUUGAUGCAUUAGUUAAAUAGGGUUUCUCUUGCUACUCAAAACAAUUAGCGUUUUUUUGUUUUUUUUGUUUUUUUUUAAAUCACACCUAUUCAUUGAGAUUGUUAUUGUCCACACAUUCCAAAACAGACUACUUACAGCAGGUAUGUACCAGCGCACUCCUGGCACUGUAACUGGAGCCCAAUGUAGUAGUUAUGGUGUUCUGAGCGUUUUGCAUAGCUUUAGUCUCUGCCACUCACAAAGUAUUCUUCCAAAGAAAACCUAUAAAGUACACCUGGGCUCUGUCCAUUUUAAGGGACACAUAUUGAAGUGAUCUGGAUGCAGUUUCCUUGUUUCCUUGAAUGUGUAAUGUAAAACAUUGCCUUUUUAGAGAAUCAGCAAUGUGUACAUUCGUUAAGACUGCCCCCAGUGGCUGUCUACCAGACGUCGACUAGAGGCGCUUCCUGCAGUUUCAUAGAGUUUGACUCCUUGAAACAAGGCUGGACAUCCUCACACUGUGCCUGAGACGAUCCUGCGUCAAGCAGAACCGCAUAGGAAAGCACUGAGUGAAUGCUUUCCUAUGGGGAAGGACUAAUGUGCACUCGCUGUACAUGCAUUAGGUUCCUGAAUUGAUGGAGGAGACCGACCUAGUACCGAGGGAUAUCUGCGCUGGAAUCGGUUAAGUGAAUUGUUAUAAAUUACCUCUCAUGGAUCGGGGGUGGGGAGGGAGGUUACCAGGUGAACGCGAGGGCAGAGGGACACUAAUGUUAGAAAUACAGCUUUGUAUUCCUAACACUAAAUGUUCCUUUAAUGCAUUACAUUGGAUGUGGUUAUAUAUUUAUACUUGCAACUUGCAGUAAUCAUGAUCCGUUCAAUUGAUCCAUUAUAUAAUCAACACUGGUAGGGAAUUGGAAUUUCUAGAUAUUUGUUAGAUUGUAGCAAUGGUUGACGUGUAUGUAAUCUAAAUUUGAUGCUCACACUUGUGGAAGCAGCCACAAACUCAAUAAUAAGAAUGUUUAUAGAGCUAUAAAUAAUUUUAAGAAAAGUUAUUAGAAUGACAUUGUUUCAGCCCACAUCUGCACCCAGCAAUGUUAUUUUUCUCUUAUUUAUUAUUUACCUAUGGAUGUUUGAAUAUUCUAGCUGUUAAGAUUAAAAAGGCUGGUGGCAGAAAUAUUUGCACAGUAUUGGUUUUUAAAGUGCCUCUGUCAUGAAAUGAUGACCUUGGUGAGUUUCACCUUUUUUUUUUUUUUUUUUUUUUUGUAUGAUGAAGGUGAGAAGUUUUCUUACUAUGUAAGGAGUAACUGAGAAAUACUGCUAGGUAAAGGUACUGAAAUUCAUUUACCCUCCUGUCUGGUUAUGUUACCUUUGCGACCGUGAGGUAGCCCAGGAAUGAGAUUUACCCCCAUGAUGGCAUACCAUUUGCAAAAGUAGGCAACCCAAGGUAUUGCAAGUGGGAUAUGUCCAGUCUUUUAUAGUAGCCACUUAGUCACAAACACACACACAUAUAUACACACACACAUAUAUAUUAUUUUUUUUAACAUGUUUAAUCAUUUUUUUUAUUAAUUUUUUUACUUUCCCACCAGCAGUGGGACUGUCUGACAUUUCAGACAGUCCCCCUGCUGGCAGAUCCACAGCCAGCUAUAGGGGCCAUGUGAUUGCUCUUUGAGUGCCAGGAAAACGAGUAUGUUUUCCUGGCACUAUAGUGGUCCUUUAAGCAGCGUAGAGAAAGGAGAUACUGUAUAGUAGAACCUUGGAAAUUAAGAGUAUUAUAUUUCUUAUGAAACUUUGCAUGUCCUUAUUCUUAAAUCGGGAAUGUAAAACACCAGUACUCAGAAGUCACCAACACAGCAGGUUUAAGUUAUUCAAUACAUUUCUUGCUUUUAUGCUAUGUUGUUUGAGUACAUGAUUAUUUGAAACCCUAAAACUUUGAACUGAUUUCGCCCUCGUAAAUGGAUUGAUAUUCCGGUCAUAAAUAUAAUCCCAUGAACAAAGGUCGCUGAUGUAAAAUCACUUGACAGAUGUAGCAAGAGCUACAUGUGAUUAGCACCAAUCAGAGCAAAAAAAUUGCAUAGGAUUAAAAAUGUGGAGUGUCUUCUGUAGAAUACAUAAGAGUUUUGUAUAGGUCUGACUUUUUAUGAAAGAAGUAACUGCUCUUUUUAAUUCUACUCAUUGUCUGUCAUUUUAAUUUAGUUAAUUCACUUAGUUAACAUACUCGUUUUCCUGGCACUAUAGUGCCCUGAGGGUGCCCUCACCCUCAGGGACCCCCUCCCGCCCGGAAAGGGGUUAAAACUUACCUUUUUCCAGCGCUGGGCGGAGAGCUCUCCUCCUUCUCUCCGCCUCUGUUCCGCCCCGUCGGCUGAAUGCGCACGCGCAGCAAGAGCUGCGCGCGCAUUCAGCCCGUCGCAUAGGAAAGCAUUUACAAUGCUUUCCUAUGGACGCUGGCGUGCUCUCACUGUGAAAAUCACGGUGAGAAGCACGCAAGCGCCUCUAGUGGCUGUCAAUGAGACAGCCACUAGAGGAUUAGGGGGAAGGCUUAACCCAUUCAUAAACAUAGCAGUUUCUCUGAAACUGCUAUGUUUAUUAAAAAAUGGGUUAACCCUAGAAGGACCUGGCACCCAGACCACCUCAUUAAGCUGAAGUGGUCUGGGUGCCUAUAGUGGUCCUUUAAUUCUAUUUUUUCUGCAUUUAAAACUAGCAGGGUUUUUAUAAAGUGAUAAUUGCUAGGAAUUCAGAAUAAAUUCAUAGUGAAUUCCAAAUUAGUGCAAUUGAGAAAAUUCUACAAGUUGGCUAUGCUGCCAGUUCCACUAUUUUGGUCUAAAAUUUGAAAUUCCUGACAAUUUUCACCUUAGUAAAUAACCAGAGAAUAUUGCAACCCUUGAAAAAUGUAUAAAUCUGCUCAAGUCAUUAUUUGGCUAUUUUAAUCUUAUCACACUGCAGUCAGCCAGACCAUUUUAUCUUGUGGUCUGGAUGCAGAGGUACUUCAAAGUAAAAAAUUUUGCAGAAAGCUCAGUUUUUACCUUGAAGGGUAACGUGCCUCUAGUGGCUUUCAUAGAGUAAAACUUGGUCACAUGAUGCAAUGGAUUGGACCAUGCCUGCUCAUGGAGGUUGCAGGAGGCGGAGAGGUAAGCAGUGUUGAGGGAAUUCCUGCACUCAAAACUAUUUUUUUUCUCUUUUAAUGGCACUUGAGGGGCAGUGGAGUACUCUACAAAGGGACGCAAUAUAGCUUUGUAUUUCUUUAAAGGACACUCUAGGCCAGGCUUCCCUAAACUCCGGCCCUCCAGAUGUUGCUGAACGACAACUUCUAUGAAUGAAAUAGGCUGAGAAUCAUGGGAGUUGUAGUUAAGCAACAUCUGGAGGGCCGGAGUUUGGGGAAGCCUGCUCUAGGCAAUAUAAGCUAUCUCUCAUUAGAGAUGGUGCAAUCCCACUAUUUAGUGUCAAACUGUUUUAAUGUGGUUUUAUUUAUUUUUAAUAUUAUUUAACACUGACUUUGCGACUGCAGAAAGGGGCUGGGGGACAUCAAGGGCAUGGAUCCCUUUUCUAACCAUUUAGUGGUUUGUUCACCCGAGUGAUUUUGUAUCCCUUGCAAAGUAAGCAAAACAUUGAAUAGGCAAUGAACAUCCUACUUGAUUAAUGAUUUAAUAAAGGGCUUUUUCAUUAUUGUUUAAUGUGAAUGUGUUUUAAAAAGGAAAUACUUUUUCAGAAGAUGUUAAACCAUUAAGUGAAUUUGUUAGUGGGAGAUUUUAUUGUAUGGAACUUGUCAAAGGCUAUAGACCUGGUUUUGUUUCUUAAAAAAAAAAAAAAAAAUAUCUACCAGUGCCCCUCACAAAAUUAGGUUCUGGAUCUGCGCCUGAACGGCAAGCAUUUCUGCCAAACUGGCCCAAUAUAUGCUGCAGCGCUGAACAUAUACAACCUAGAAAAGUGUUUUGACUUGGGGCGCCUUGGAAAAAUAUUUAAAUAUUAAGGGCGCCUAGAACCUAACAAGUUUGUGAACCACUGCUAUAGACUAUAUAUGCUUUAUUUUGCAACAGUUAAAAAGCCUCUGAAUGUUGUCCGCCAACUGGCAGCACUAAUUGCUAUAUCUGCUUAUCCCCUGUUUUAUAGAAAUAUAUUGCUCUCCUCCCAAAUAUAAGCAAUAUACACACCUAUGAUCUUGGAUAUAUAUUUUUUACAUGUAUAAAGGUUCUCAAUGCAAUUUGAUGCAGAUAUGAUUUGCUUUCUUUUCAGAUCUAUCAUCAUGAAUCCAGUUUAUAGCCCUGGUUCUUCUGGGGUACCAUAUGCAAAUGCUAAAGGCAUUGGAUAUCCUGGUAAGUAUUUAUUUCAACUUUCUUUUUUUUUUCUUGUGUUUUUAAUUUAAGCUAAUUUGUUCGUAAGCGGCACACCUCGUUUUUUUUUCCCCCCUGGAAACAUCGGGCACCAAGAUAAAGGAUAGGAGUACUAGGUUAGGAGGUAAGAAAAAGAACUGUCAGGGUGUGACAAAGGACCCACGUCUGUUAAUGGUACAUUAUAGACAGCAAAACAAAUUUUAGCUUAAUGAAGCCUGUUCUGUGAGGAUAUUUAUGGGGUGAUAUUAAAAAUAUUUCAUAAAAAUUAUCAAAAUUAAUUUUAUAACUUGUAUUAUAUCAAAAAUUAAUAUAUUCUCCUUGAUUGAUUUCAAGCUAAGUUACCCACUAUUUUAACUCUUAUAGACCCUGGAGCAUGUUUAGAGAAUUUGUAUUUCACACAUUAAUCACAUUUAUUAUAAAAGUAUAAUUUAUUGUGACAAUAAAAUGUAAUAUAAUUAAAUAUCCACUGAUUGUCACGCACAAUAUAAGUAUACAUAUGGCAACAGUUUUGACACAAUCACAGAAAGCUCAAUAGCAACAUUUCCGCAUAGAUGCAAAAUGCUAAAUUAUUUACAACAGGACACUUCACUUUGAAAUCAGCUAGGCAUUUCUUAACACAGAACACAGCCGCACACAGCACAGUUUAUAACAAUAAACUUUUGCUGCCAGUUUAAAUCACACUAGUUAACUUUUAUCCAGGUAUAUUUCUGCUUUUCAUUUUUUUUUAAAUAAAACCAGCAUAUUUACCAGCUUUCUUGGUAGAAAUUCUUUUAGGCUUGGAGAUAUAUUCCAUAAAUUGGUGUAUGCAAGUAUGAGUAGAGAUUUGUGAAAAUAGAAAAGUUAUCAGAGUUCUGAUUAAGAAUUUCAAAGUUUCAGUUGGAGGUUUUCAGAGUUCCAGAAUUAGUUGGAAGAGAUGCAGAAAGUUAGGUGUGUCCAGCUUUUGCUCCAGAUCUCCGAUGAAGAUCUCUUCGGCUAUCCUCAAUUUUUAAAGGACCAGCUUCCCUAAAGGAUCACUAUAGGGUCAGGAACACAAACCUGUAUUCCUGACCAUAUAGUGUUAAAACAACCAUCUAGCCCCUCAUGCCUCCAUAAAUAUAGCAAAAUCUUACUGUAUUCAAGCUGUAACUCUGCAUACUGUGUGCCUAAAAAAAUAAAAACAAAACAGUCUGCUGACAUCAAAAGUGGUAGCCUGAUCCAAUCACAGUGCUUCCCCAUAGGAUUGCCUGAAAUUGCCAGCAUGAUUCAAGCACAGCCCUGGCCAAUCAGCAUCUCCUCAUAGAGAUGAAUUGAAUCAAUGAAUCUCUAUGAGGAAAGUUCAGUGUCAUGCAGAAGGAGGAGAUACUGAAUGUUUGGAUGCAUUUUAGGCAGCCAUGACCCAGGAAGCAUCUCUAACAGCCAUCUGAUGAGGGGCCAGUGAAGUUAUCACUAGGCUGUAAUGUAAACACUGCAUUUUCUCUGAAAAGACAGUGUUUACAGCAAAAAGCCUGAAGGUAAUGAUUCUACUCACCAGAACAAAUUCAAUAAGCUGUAGUUGUUCUGGUGACUAUAGUGUCCCUUAAACUUUCUUUACGUAACUAGUUUAAAAUGACCAAUAGUCAGAUGGGCGUAUCUUUUCUACAGGCUAUCAUCUAGAUUUUGGUCAAUAGAUGGUGUAGUAACACCACAAGAAAUUCUCGGCAGGAAGUCCAACUUCCACUUUGUUUAACGGGUUAAUUGACUUUCGUGAUGCGUUAGACGUCAUCCUCCAGAUAUGUCAUUCUUCAAAGGAUUUUCUUAAACUGACCGUCUGGGUUUUUGACCAUAAAAAUAGAUUGACGCAUCUGCACUUUCUUUUACCUUUUCUAAUUCAAUGGAACUUUGUAGCAAUAAAUUUAAUUUAAAAAGUAAAAUUAAUUACUUUCAGUAUUAUCUGUUUCUUGUAAUCCUGUGUCUGGUUUAUGUGUGAAACUAUGUGUGUAGCACUUAGUAAUGUGACAGCAUGUGAUAUAUACAUAGCUUUUACACACAUUUAGGUAAUAUUAGUUUAGUAAUAAUGACAUUUUCUUCACUGGGAUUCUAUCCAUGAAUAUUCAAUAUUAACAUAGGUACAAUUUUUAUAUAUGAUUAAACAUAAUUAUACUUAGUCAAAUAUAUAUAUCUAUAUAUGUGUUUAUGGGCUGUUUAGGCCCUGUUGUUGCAGACAUAAGGUCUUGUAAGAGAGCCUUAUCUCUAGUCAGCGUUUACCUUGACGCAUUCCAUAAUUUGAAUGAAUAGAAUUACAGAGAAAAUGUCUCUUUGCAUUUUUGUUACAAAAUGCAGUUACGUCUACUAAGUGGUGACUUACUGUAUACAUUUUUUAUUUCUCUUACCACAAAUGUGGAAAUACCCUGACAGUUCAGUGUAGAUCAUACCCCUGCAGUUUCAAUGCUCAAUUCUCGAUCUCAAAAUUAAAUCACUUUGUUCAUGCAGCCCUAAUCACACCUUCCUAAACACUUCCUGUGAAGAUCUAACUUCCUUUUGUUGCACAUUCUGUUUAAUAUAGAAUUUAUCUCCUACUGUUAAUGUCCUUCUAGACAAUGCUGUGUCUUCCUGUAAGUAAUUACAAAGCAGGAGAUAAAAACCUCUACAGUAAGAAGGCUGUGAGAGUCAGCCAGGGGAGGUGUGGCUAGGGUGGCAUAAAUGGAAGCAAAAGUGAUUUACGUUGAUCAGUGAAACUACAGGGGUGUGAUCUAUACACCAAAGUGACUUUAUUAAGCUAAAAUUGUUGUGCCUAUAGCAUAUCUUUUAAUUGUGUGUCGGAAAACAAGGGUUUAGAACUGAGUGACCAUUGGGGGAGCUCUGGUGACAUCUUUUACCAUAAACGAAUUGUUCUGAAAUAGUCUUGAGUUAUUGCAGGCUCUUGUGUUUGUGAUAACAGCUGUGUCUAACUGACCUAAAUGAUUUCCUUCUAGCCUUUGAUGUGCCAGUGUAUAGUCUCAAAGAGACACUUGAGUGCAAUGCCACUUUAAUGCAUUUGAUAGGAUUAGGCACCAUUAACAUGCUGUUUAGAGUUUUUGCCCACACACACAAAUGUUGCCGAAUGCUGCAGCAUACACCUGCCUCCUUUGCCAUUCUCACUUCAGAAUAAAUACUUCCUUAUCAAAUGUUUGUACACCGCUCAGCCACUGAUGGCAUGGAGCAUUCUCCACUACAAAGCAACCUGCAUUGUGAGAGGACACCCAGGGAGACAUACAGUAAUACAAAUAAAAUAUAUAAAACAAGGUGCACACCAGAAAAUGGAAGGGUAUGGGAAUAUAUACAAUUACAGGCAUACAGCAAGGCUAUCACUGCCUGUUUGUAGUUUCUAUGAUGGUCUGCAGCCAGAUUAUGAAUUCACAUUAGCUCACUUGGUGCUUCUGAAGUUGAUCUGUGCGCAUAUUUUUGAAAAGAAAGUCUUGAUCGCUGUAAUAAAGCUCUUUGAGAAAGGGUAAGGCAGGCGUGCUGAUUGACGGCCAGAAAGAUGUUUCUCUCGCUAAUUAUAAAAGUGCUGAUUUCUAUGAUUUUCACAAGUGUCUGUAAGCUGACAUGUUCCUUUAAUGUGUGUAUCUUAUUAUAGAAAAAAAAUUCAUUCCAAAUCAUCCUUUGAGGAUGUGUUUUUAGAAGUAUAACACCUUAAACAUAGUCCAUAAUCAAAUCCUGACAUACAUUGAUCAGCCUGCUGGUAAUCCUUGUGGUUGUAUUUGUUUUUAUUAAGCAGGAUUUCCAAUCGGGUAUGCUGCAGCUGCUCCUACAUAUUCUCCCAAUAUGUAUGCUGGACCAAAUCCUGCCUUCCAACCAGGUAAAUAUGCCAAGUAUAAUAUGCCUUUUUACAUUAAACAAAAAAAUACCCAGUAAAAAUACCCUAUGCUAUAAUUUGUCAGUGUUUCUUUUUUGAUUUCUUUCCCAGCAAGGGUGCUUACCUUUUAUAAUAUCUCUAAAUGAAUGUGAGUAAAUUUGCCAAGACCUUAGUUAUACUGACAUAAGAACCUGUUCGUAUUCGCCAAUAUCAUGAACACUUGGGAUAAUUAAAGCAUCGGAUGCAAAUAUAAAAUACCUUUUUUAUAUCUCCAGAACACUUCAGUGUUUGGAACAGUGUCAUUGCCCCAUAAAGCUCUGGGCUGCUCAUGCUUGCUUGGUCAUCUCCUGAAAAGAUAUGAGUGAGUGCACCCUCAAACAGUGCUGUGUGCAUGACAGAGCCUUAUCUUGAUUUGUAUGAGACGUUAUGGAUGUACCAGGACUGCCCUGAAUGCAUUGUAAAUGGGGAACUAGAUCUUUUAGGAAUUAAAUAAUCACUAGCAAUUCUUUAUAACCCCUUCAAAACGAAGGUAGUUGUCCACAUUCUGAACCAAAACAGUCUUGUUUUUGUUAUAGAUUUUAAGAGUUUAAAAUUUAAGAGCUUCUCUUCAUGUCUUCAUACAUAUUAUAUAUUUAUUUAUAAAAUAUUUUACUAGAAGGAUACAUUGAGAUUCCUCAUUUUCAAGUAGGUCCACAAAACAUUGCAUUGAUACAAUAGGGUCCAAUAAAAUACAAAAACAAUAUUAAUACACAAUAGGUGCAAAAUUUUACAGAGAACGUGUAAUAAAUAAAUCAACCAUGACAGGUGCAUUCUGUUUUGGGAUGUGUAGAGGGAGAUCUCUUAAAGGAUUUUAGGCCUGGGGUGUGUAGGAGGUCUUGCGGUGCUCUGUAGGAAAUGCAGGAUCGAGCUACUUUCUUUUUGUAUUGAGGUAGGCUAAAUAAAGUUCUGGUACUGGAUCAGAGGUUAUAGGAGGUGGGAACAGCUGGAGAGAGCAUUCUACUCAGGUAGGGUGGGAGCUUCCCAGAAAAGCUCUUAAACACAAGGCUGGAAAGAUGAAGGGUGUGUCUGGAUUCCAGCGACAGCCAGUUUAGCUCUUUUAACGUGUCACAAUGGUGGGUCCUGUAAUUACAUUGUAGCACAAAGCAGCAGAACAAGUUAUACAAUGUAUUAAGUUUAUUAUGGUGGGUUUGUGGUGAAGGUGCAUAUACUACAUCCCCAUAAUCAAUGAUUGGCAUCGGUAUUUGCUGUACAAUCUUUUCCCUUUACUGUAGGGCUUAGGCAGGAUUUGCUAAAGGACAGAAAGUACUUUAAUUUGAUGUGACAUACAUAUAUAACAUCUCAUUUAAAAUACUAAAUGUUGGCAAUAAUGUACAAUUGUUUACUAACUGUGUACAAUUAGUGCCGCUUAUGAAAAGCAAUUAAAAAUAAUUUUUUUUGUCCUGAUUUUAAUAAGUAGGACUUCAGUUUAUUUUGAAACUUACAGGUCACAGAAUACAAGGAGUAAAAUAAAAUUUCAGUGUGGAGCGAUUUUUAGAAUUUGGUAUUUUUGUGUAAGCUUAACAACUGUCACAGAAAGUACAAUUACCACAUAAGUGUUUUAUAUAAUGUAGGCAUUACUGGCUCUUUACCUUUACCUUUGUCAUUUUUCAACCAGUUUAUGUCAAAGUUUUGGUUAAAAAAUAAAAUAUUGUGUGGUUUACACAUACACAUUUUAACCAGGCAUUAUUCAAAUCUGAUACGUGCCAUUGUGCUCAAACUACCCACCCCCAAGUUAUGCUCUGCAAACUUAUCAGUAAAACAAUAACCCUAGUAUGCCUUUGGCUAUCUUGCGAAAUUAGUGCAAUAUAAGAUACCUGACUAUUUCAGGGUUUUUUUUUCAGUUCGAUUUUGAUAGAUGGAUUUCACGUGCCUAUCCUGCAUUUUUUUUUUUGGGCAGUUUGACAUUUAAAUUACACCAUAAAUGCAUACGAUUUGUGAAAAGAGACAUCAUGGGUAUGUCAUAUGGUAGAUCUAGAGCCUUAUUAUACAGCCAUUUUAACACCAUUUUCUUUCAAAGUUUAUGGCAUUUUCUUUGAGUUUUAAUUAAAUUUUGUGGUAUAUUUAAAUGUUUUACAUUAUUUUAAUUGGAUAUGUAAUAUGUUUUUGUAAUAAUACAGAGCUGAAUUUAUAACCUGCCAAUUGCUGUUUUGUUUGUGUGGUUUUAUUUUUUUUUUUUUGUUUUUGUUUUUUAAAUGGCAAAUUGAAAAUACAUUUAUGGUGCCUUUUGGGGCAUUUUAGUAGCUCACAUAUUUAAAUUACUCCAUAAAUAUAUACCUUUUGCAAAAGUGGACACCAUUGAGACUAUUAUGUGAUAUAUUUACCUAUAUUGAUGUACCCUAUGGAGUCUUGUGGAUUUAUUGAAGGGUUUGCCGAUGGAGUCUUGCAGAAUUUCCAUAGCCAUCAAUGUGUGCGACUACAGCAGACGUCUGCUCCUGGCAGAUGUAGCUGUAGGCACUAAAGAGGACGCGCCGGAUCAAGGUGGCUGCGAGGGACUUGUUCAGGUAAGUAAAACCUACCAUCCUCUGCACCACUGGGCAAAGACCCCAGAAAAUUACAGAACUACUUUAGAAUUCCUUUGAGUGCCUGGAUGACCUUAAAUUAUCACUUGGCACAGCUUUCCUGAGUUGGAAAACCUUUACUGGAUUUUCCAUAUGAUUUCUUACUUCUGAGACUUAGAUGUCUUUCUGAGGUCCCACAUUAGAAGUACUCCCCUCCAAAUGCAGACUGUAUUCGACAUGCCCACUCCUGUUUUAAUUUUGUGGGGGCCAAUGUUGGAAGGUAUACAUUGAGGUGUUCAUAUUAAGUAUUUGGUAUUAUUCCAGUUGUAUUUAAAAAAAAAAAUAAAAUAAAAAUAUAUAUAUAUAUAUAUAUACAUUUUUUUUUUAAGUGUUUUUUUUUGUUUAAAGUGUUUUUUUUGUUUGGCGGGGGAAGGUUAAUACCCUCCUUUUUUAUUACAAAAGUUGCAAUAAGGUGCUACUGAGUCAAAAAGGGUAGAUUCUAGUUGCAUGUGACUUCACUAUUGCCUGAUUUGCGCAAAAAUUCGGCAGAAAGAAAUUUCAUUUAUUUCACAGAUUUAAUUUUACUGUGGGUUUUUACAUAUCGAAAUGCAUACAUUUGUGGAUAGUUAAUAAUGAUGAAUAUCUCCAUGUGAUUAGGAUCUAAAUAAAUAGCCAGUGACUAAUGUGAAGUUCAUUUGGCACUUCCUAUUAUGUACUGCAUGCAAAGGAAAUACAUUUGGACGGUCAUGGAAAAGUUCUUUGUUUGACAUAGUAUAUCUAAUAUUUAAAAUAAAAAAAGUAAAUUAAAGGAACACUAUAUAGAAUCAGGAACGCAAACCUGUAUAACCCUAGUGUUAAAAAUGCUAUCUAGCCCCCUUUGUCCUCCUAAAUAUAGUAAAAUUUUACCUUCAUUCCAAUAUGCUGUUGCUGGCUCUGUCCCUGAUCUGCCUGCUUGGCUGACAUCAGAAAUGAUAAUCUCAACCAGUCACAAUGCUUUCCUGUAGGAAAGCAUUGGAUUGGCUGAGAUUGUUCAGUUCUCAAGAUCUCCGCCAAGGACGCAGGCCAGGCUCACAUUUAAACGCUGCCCUGUCCAGUCAGCAUCUCCUAAUUGAAUCAAUGAAUCUCUAUGGGGAAAGUUCAGUGUGUACAUCCCACAAUGCAGUGUGGGACCUUGAAGAAAGCACUAGGAGUGUGCACACAAUCUACACUUCGUGGGAACUAAAGGUGAAUGGUGAAUUCUCUGGAAAUUAUUUCAUUUAAAAUUGAAAAUUCCUUAUAAAUUGCUUUUUGUUUUCUUUCUUUUUCAUGUGAUGCACUGUUAUGAUUUUAAACAUAUAUUAAAAAUGUAGCCAUUGACAUCACAAUCUAGCUCAGUCCAGGUACAGCCAGGGUGCACACUGCUUUGAAACAGAAAACAUUUGUGGGUGAUUUUUAUCAGUGCUAUAACCAGUAUCUUUUAAUUUUUCAUCUAUCUUCAUAUUUAUUAAAUUUUUCCAAAAAUCAUCUGUAAUGUCUGCUUUUCUUUACCUAUAUUCUGCCAUUGUCGAAAAGCACAGAACUAAUCUAAAUUUAUAAAUUUUGUCAAAAUGGUGUUGUUCUAGGGCACUUUGAUAAAUCGCCUUCAGUGUUUGUUUCUACUCCUCUCUAUGCUAACACUAUGCUAACAUGUGCAAAGGGCAGAGCUUAUAACAAUUGACAGAAUUAGACACAGGCUCUUAAUUCCUCGAAUAGAGGUGAUGCCUGUAGAUACCUACAUUUCCCUUGCAAAUACUUAUUUGUUAAAUAUAGAAGACAAAUCUAUCUGGGGAUGAGACAGGUCCCCUUUAAGGCCUAUAUGCCAAUGGCAUAAAUACAGAUAUUGGCUGAACAUUUUUUUUUUUUCAUCUGUUAAAUUUGGCUACAACAUACAGGUAAAAUCCUCUGCAUUAGAAAGUUAAAUUCCUGGCAUUUUUGCAUGACAUGCGAACAUUAUAAAAAUGUGAAACUGAUCUGAAAACAUAAUGUUAGAAAAAAAGUUUUUAUAAAAACCGUCUCUGUAUGAAACUAAUGUGGCUUUCAUUUAUUCGUAAACUGGAUUUACAUAUGCACAAUUUAGUCAUUAAAAUCAUAUUUAUAGUAUAGAAAACGGUGGCAAAAAUAUUUUACUGUAAACAGGUGAAACCCUCUUGCCCACUUACUAAAAUGAACUAAAAUUCAACUUUUGUUUUCAGAGGUAGAACAUCCAUCAUAUAUGUCUUCGGGUGUGCAAAUGUUCAUGUUCGGGCACACGUUCUCUGCUGCGAGAAACGGUGCAGUAAAUUCAGGUACCUGCUUUGCUUAAACUGUAUAUGUAGCCUUAUUUAUUGCUUUUCCUUGAAAAUCCAAUUAAAAAGCAAAAUAAGUACCUGAGUGCUGUUUUCAGUUUGUCAUCCUAUAGUAAAUGUUAAUUUUUAAAAUCCUUCAUUUUACAAUUCGGUGUGCUCAAAGAGCAGUUCCAAUCACCACAACCACUACAAGUGUAUGCAGUGCUUAUGGUGCUAGGAAGUGGUUUCUGAAAAACUUUAAGUUUUAUUUUUUCUAUUGUGUACAGACUGUUUCUCUCCCUGACACCCACACACUUCUGAUAUAUUUUACGAGAAGUAUUGCUCCACAAUUCCACCUUCCUACAUCUUGUAUAGUUCAAGUGCAUGCAUUUUCAUAACCAUGACAAAUGUGAUGUGCAUGCGCACACACAGUAUUUAUUUUCUGAUCUUUGUAGAGUGCAGAGGUGACUCCCAAACAGUCUUGAUUUUUGUUGCAUGAGAACACUGUAAUUUUGGUGCCUAAGCUUGGGUAAAAGUAGCUGAACUGACACUUUCUUUGAUUUUUUUUUUUUUUUUCUUGGGUUCGUUUUUAGCAGUUUUUGUUUUAACUUGUUAAUCUGUGUAACUGUUGUUUAUCCACAUUUUGGAAUCUCUAACCUCAAUGUGGAGUAAUUCAAGGAACAACCCAAGCACCAAAAUAACCUACAAUCUUUCCAGCAGUUCUGAUACGACGUGCCUUGUUAGGCCAUCUGCAUGCAAAUGCUUUGAACUUAAGAUGCAUGAUUGUAUCUAAACCUCCAUUCACGUUACUGUGAAUGGAGCUGUUAGGAGGAUACAUAUCUUAUGCACCAGUUCCAUUUAUUCAAUCUAAUAUUUUUCUUUAUUGCUGCUUAGUGCCAAAUUAAGAAAACCAUAAACUCCAAGGCAGCAGGUGUUUGUAGUAUAUACAAAGAUAGUGAUUAGUGCUGCUAAAAAACAAGUGCAAUGUUACUAUAUUACACUUAAAAACACGUGAUAAUACAAAAAAGUAUAAAGUGAUUAAGCGCACAUAAAGGAAUGAAUUUACCUUAUGAAAUAUUUAAAUAUAUAUAACAUAGGUUCCUCUUGUAGAACAAUUCUUUAACCUAUAAAAUAGAUCUACAUAUACAUAGUGUAAUCUGUAUUUAUAUAAAAUAUAAUGGAUAGAAGUAGUCUAUAAACUCACAAUUUUUUAAGCCUAUUAAAAGUUGGCUCUGAACUUAUAGAGCAUUUCAUCUCACUCCACGAGAUAAGUAAAGAGAUAUACUCAGCAGUCACAUCCACAGGAACUUAGUGAUGUCAGCAACAAAGAUCCCAGGUGACAAAUGUAAAAAGUAUUUACUUAAACUUUAGUAUAUAAAAUAAAAGCACAACGCGUUUCAACCUCUGUAAGGUCUUCCUCAGGUGAAGAUAUACUGUAUAUUGAACAUGUGAUAUAGAUAUAUAGAUAUCUCUUAAUUACAGCUGGUGUUAAUUGGGGUGCAAAUUCCCUCCCACUUCCAAAUGUGGUCAUAACUGGAUAUGGUUUGCCAUCCCCAAUAUGGCGCUAUUUCCAGUUUAUGACCUUAACCUAUGCCCUCCCACACUUCCGGUGACAUUUUUCUGACCUCCAAUGCGUUGUCACUUCCGGUGACGCAUUGUUCUGACGUCACUUCCUAUUACGUAUUCUCAUUGCGGCGAUCUUUCCACUGUAGCCCUCCCAAAGGGGUGGUAUAUAACGAUUAGGGUCCAUUUUGGAAGUGGGCAUAGGUGCCCAUAAUGUCCAUACAAUAUAUGCAAAAAUAGAAAGAAUAAAGACAAAAUUUAACAAAAAUAUAUUAAAUAUAUAUAAUUUAUUUUAUAAAAACUGCUAAAAAAUGGAAAUAAAAGAUAAUGAAUAAUUGAAGAUUAUAUUAGCUUUAGUGUACUAAUAAUCUUAAUUUUAGUAAUGACAGGAGGCGAAUAUUUGCAUAUCUUUCUUUACUGAAAACUCCAGCAGCAUAGAAACAUAACAACCAAUCAGAAAAAAGUUAUGAUGCCCAUAAAAGGCCCUGUCUAUGACAUCACUUCCUCUUUCUUUGAAGCGAAACAAUAAAUAACAACAAGAGACAUAAUCAUAUUACGUCAACAGUUCAACAACAUAUUAGAAUAUCCAACUCCAUUAGUUCCGCGAUGCAGAGGUAUGGAAGGUGAAUCUUUGUCUCGAUGAGAAGACGUUCACGCUGCAAGAAAAAGAAAAGGUGAAAGGUAUCUGGCGUGAUAACUUGUCCGCAUACAAUAAGCAUAAGCAUCUGAUAUACCAACGAACAUUAGAAUGUGAAACAUAUCAAUAUAUAUUUAUUCUAACGCAAUGAUAUUUAAGGAUCUAUAAACACAACAUAAUGCAAGGUUCAUGUCUAAUAUUCAGCCAAUACAAGACCAGCAAGGUACAGGUCUAAGUAGCAAACAUACAAACCAUACGUACUUACCUUCCUGAACAUAAAGGACAUAUUCUGUUCAACACGAGAAACAUGGGAGGGAUCCUAUAGGGUGGGAAAUAUUCGCCUCCUGUCAUUACUAAAAUUAAGAUUAUUAGUACACUAAAGCUAAUAUAAUCUUCAAUUUUACCACAUGACAGGAGGCUUCAUAUUUGCAUUUUUAAAGCUUUGAAUUGACCAAUGUGAAGGAAGCAUGAGAUGUUUGCUGAAAAUAGAAUUUUCUAAACGUACUCUCUCGCGCUCAGUCCGCGCAGCGUAUAAUGUCGGCUAGGGAAGCGUCGGCCGAAAAGGUUUGCGAGGCCGCCGCUCCCCUGACCGAGUGGGCUCCGAAACAAGGUUCGACGCUAAAGACAAAAACCAGCGGACCCAUCUGGCCAGUGUUGCGGUAGACACCGGUCCAUGAGGGUUCACGUAAGAAGUCAGAAGGUGAUCCGUCGAAUGAGUUCGAAGGGGGUAGAGAUAUUGGUGUACCCCAUUAGCGUUCUGACCACGCAUAGUGUGGCGUCUGACACAAAGCAUGGGUAUGACACUGAAGACGAAUCAGACUUAGUUUGUCUCGACAUGGUAAAGGUAACCCCGUCUGGUGUGAGAGAGAAACCAUCCAUAUCGCAAGCCCUAACGUCCGCCACCGUCUAAAUGAGGCGAGGCAUAAUAAGAGGGCUAGUUUGGCUGAAAGUUGCUUCAGUGACAAACAAGGAUUGUCCGGCCAUUCCCUAAGGAAUCUCAGCACCACAUCCACCUGCCAGAGGCGUGAAUAUUUGGGUGCAGGGAUCUCGACAAUUCGGCACCCCGCAGUAGUCGACAAACCAGUGUAUCUUGACCUACUGGUCUGCCCUGUACCGGAACGUGCGCCGCCGAUAUGGCGGAUCUGAUCACGUUGAGGGAUCGAUAUGACCGACCCAACGAGACCAGGUGUGACAGAUAGUUGAGGAUCAGUGGGACAGGUGCGGUAAAGGGAUCGGAAUCCCUUUCCACACACCAAUCACUCCAGGCCGACCAGGCAGAAAUAUAGCCUUUCCUGGUGCCGGGAGCCUAUGAGUCCCAUAGGAGGUCUUAGUUGAUGCAAUAGGUCGUGAACUGACCAGGAGCCCCUGAAGCCGUCCAGGCAAAUAGUGCCAGUUGUCCUUCCAUGACAAGGGAGUGAGCUUCCCCUCGAGGUCCCGUCAGAAGUAGAGGGAAGGUAGGGAGUUGUAGAGGGUCUUCGCGAGACAUCUCCAGGCGAUCCGGGAAAUCACAGUUGGCCCUGACCGAGGGGUGUCAUGAGCAGGAGCGAUAUCUUGUGGGUGUGUGUGUGUAUCGAAGCACCCUUGCUAUUGUGGAGAACGGCUGGGUCGCGUUUGCAGGGGUUCAUCCAUCGCCCCGUAUCCGAAGGAAGAGUCAAAGGUCGUUUUGCCAAUCCAAGUUUGUAUGUGAAGUAAUCACCAUCGAAAUUCCAUCCUCACUUCCGCUGACAGUGGGAUCCAGUGUCGUAUGAGUGACCGGUGCGUACGUAUCUCACCAUCAGUCGUAGUGGGCCAGGGAAUAACGCUUGUAUGGAGGAGGAGAGGAGGAGAGGAAUCCCACAAUCCGGCAGCUAUCCUUAUAGAGGCGCUCUUUGCCGUAGACAGACGCGGAACGUAGUUCUCCAAGCUGAUGUCGAAACCGAGGAACUGGCCCGAUUCAGAUGGGGAAGCGAUCUUUGUCUGUGUACAACAAAAAACACAUGGAGUCCCGAAAGUGAACGACAAAUUUGUCUGCAAACGUAGCCUGGAUUCGUAAAGAAUCAGCAAGUCUUCCAGGUAUAAGAGGCAUCGCACGCCCAAAUUUACGGAUGUGUGCCCUCACUGGUUACAGUAGGUUCGCGAGCACCACGGAGUCGUAAACUGCCGUGUUUGUCCUCACCAUUGGAAUCGGAGGAAAACUUCAGCAGUACUGACAAGCGUGCGUCCUUGAGGUCCAGAUAUGUAAACCAGUCGUUAUCGCCUAGGAGGUCUUGUAGAAGACGAAUUUCAUCCAUCUUGCAGCAUUUGUAUACCAUGUAGGAGUUCCAUUGAUGUAGUCUCCUGGCUUCUUCUUGACCAGGAAAAAUUUGCUGGGGAGGCCUUCCCCUCCGGUGCAUGUUGAAUUGCGCCCCUCCUGAAGAGGGUGCAGAUUUUCUUGUCCACAAGGCGUUCCUGUUCCGCCAGCGUGCGUAAUGGAGGUGAAGGGGCGACCUGCACGGCUGUGAUAAAACUCUAUGACAUAGCCUUGUACUGUCUGGAGAACCCAGGUGACUUUGGUAGUCGUCUCCCAAUUCUGUAAAACAGAGACAGGUUGCCGGUCAUAAUAUUGGAAACAGUUAGUUAUGUAGGUUGACACACUAGUAGAUGAAGCGGAUGGGUUCCUUUGUGUAGUAGAUGGGAGAAAUAUGAGGACUGUGUAUACGAUCUGGAACCUGUCGCCCAGGAGUGGCUGGUGGCUCAGUUCAGCUACCGACCAGUCCUCCCAGAAACACCUUUCCCCGUAGGGUUGUGGAAGACUUGUUUUAGCGAGGUCUGGGUUUAAUUUAGUGUGGUGAAUAAAUUCACGUGUUUUUUGAGUACUGCAAUGAACACUACGUCGAAUAGUAGGCCUUGUGCUUUUUGGCCGAAUUCUUGUCGUUCCUAAGCCCAAUAGUGUGUUGUCGAUGCGGCCCAGUACAGAUUUGCGUCUGUCGGCGCAUAGUGCGUCAUUUACGUUGCCCAGGAGGCAUAUCGAGCAUUGAGACCAUUCUUUGGAGGUGGUAGGGUUGAGUUGUGUACCCUGGGGUAACUCGGUCUUGAGGCGUGCGCAUCCUUCCAUCCCCCGAGGGUUGCGCAGCCAAUAGUGUUCGUCCAGGAACGUUCCGUCUUCGGCUACUCUGGUUUAGUGCCGCUACAGUUAUCUCUGCCUCAGCCGCCGUCACAGAUUAAGGUUUCCCUAACGUACUUCGAGGAAGUGUGGGGAAGGUCUUGCCGUUCCAUUUCCUCAGACGGUGAGCUGUCUUCGUGUCGCUCAUCUACCAUGUCCAAAGUACGUGGUGGGUAAUAGUCUUCUUUGUCGGAAGAUUGUGGCGGACGAGGUUUGGAUUCCCUGUGCUCCGCCUAUUUGGUCUGAUCGAUGGGCGUCUUGCCCUUGACCUUAGCGGCAGGGGGACUGGAGCCCUUCCCUUGCCGUUUUGACUUGAAGGCUUGUGGGCCUGAGGUCUCCAUCAAGCAGUGUGGGGUAGAGUUCAUAACAGAACCCUCUCCACUGAGGCCGUUACUGUGGCGUUUAGCAUUGCCUAGAAAUCUUGGGAACGUUGAGAGUGUCCACCAUGACUCGUUCCCGUCCUGUUGGGAGAUAGUGUGAGGGUCAGCACGUAGGGGUGUUAGACUCCUGGUAGAACUGGGGAUCACCCAGGUAAAACGGUUUGAAUUGCCUGCUUUAGUAUGUCUGAGAGUAUGAAUACUCGUGCCAAGUAUAGAGGGGUCACCUCUAUUAGUUUAAUCUGGCUACUGAGAGCCGUGGUGCAGGCGCGACUGACUGGUAGUGGUGUCGGUCUGGCUAGCCGGGUUUACCACAAAUGUACGCCAGAGCUGUAUGCACGGUUUUUAACUAUACAGGCUUAUUAUAUAUAGGCGCAUAAGGUCUGCGGCCGCAGGACCCAUGUCUAUUAGGCUGGGUUCAUCCCAGGUGGUGUGCCAUGGUAACCCAGAGGACACCCAUAUUAUAAUUAUUGGCACCUUACAAGCAUUGCAUGCAUAUCUGGGGGUCAUCCCAGGUGGUGUGCCAUGAAAAAUUACAGAGGACACCCACGUUCAAUAUGUACACUAGGCACAAUAAAUAUACAUAUAUGUAUCCCUGUGAAGGGUACACCGCAAUACACUCAGUUUUCUUCUUGAUCCUGCCGUCAAAUCGCAUCCGGCAUGGUACUGUUGCUUUAAUGUAAAACUGACAGGCAGUGUUUAAACAUUCAUAUAUGUCUGUAGUAAUCAGUGGUAAAGUUGCGGCGUAGGCCUCCGUGCAUAUGAUCGGGGUUCACCCCGGGUGGUGUGCCAUGGUAACCCAGAGGACACCCACAUCAAAGGUAGUGGUCUGUCAGUGACCUUGCAUGCAUAUCUGGGGGGUCACCCCAGGUGGUGUGCCAUGAAAAAAUACCCAGAGGACACCCACAUAAAUUUGCACCAUCAGGUACAGUAAUAUAAUAUGACCCUCUGUAGGGUACAAUAAUAUAAAAUAAUAUGCCCUUUGUAGGGUACAGUAACACAAUAUGCCCUUCUAGGGUACAGUGAUAUAGUUGAUCUUGUUAUAGGUACAGUAUAUGUUUUGUAUAACGACUGUGAUAUUGUAUGGCUUCACAAUAAUACAUAGAUUGUGUGCCUGCUCAACAUAUAAUCAUCCAGUGUAAGGCACCAUGAGAGAUAUAUCCAUGAGAAUAAAAAAAAAUUAUAAUUGUAUCAAUAAAUGAAUGUGCCCAGAGAGGGGGAUCCCUGAAGGGGUUAAUCCAGAUGCAGGGCGCGGUGAUCGGGUGAUUCCUGUAGGAUAUAGUAAUAUAGUAUGACCCUGUGCAGGGUAUAGUAAUAUGGUAUGACCCUGUAUAGGGUAUAGAUCCUGAGUAAGGUACAAAGACAUAAUCUCCUUUAAUGCCUGCAUGUAAGUAUUUGUUUGGCAGACACUGUUGGCAGGCACUGUGGCAAAAUACAUUGAAAGAAUACAUGGAGAAAAAACUGAAAUCCAGCUUGCACUCUCCCAUUGUUCACUUGGGAGAGCAUGCACUGUGGAGCCCGGCGGUCGGGUGAGUUCCCGAUCCGCCGAGCAAGCAGGGAAGGCGGCCGUCGGGUAUCUCGCGAGCCGCGAGAUCCAAGAUGGCUGCCGCCCACAUGUGAAGGUGCGCCGCGGAUCGCGGUCGCGCGGUGCAAAACAAAGGGGAUAAAUGCAACACAAACACUGACCCCAGCCUCCCUCCACCCGUCCCCAUACAGUCCCCUGCGGAUACCAGGCAGUAAGGUGGAAAUAAAAAGGGGAAAAAAACAAACAAAAAAAAAAAAAACAGAGGAGUACAGUGAAGGGACAGGAAUAAGGGGGGCCAAGGUAGCAGGUGUUAGCAAUAAAUAGAGUAAUAUAUAGUGGUAUGACAAUCAAAAAAACUGUGUAAAUUAAGAAUCUACCAGAGAGGUAAAAUACUCUGACCUGAUGUAUGGCUGGAGCAGCAAAGAAAGAGGAAGUGAUGUCAUAGACAGGGCCUUUUAUGGGCAUCAUAACUUUUUUCUGAUUGGUUGUUAUGUUUCUAUGCUGCUGGAGUUUUCAGUAAAGAAAGAUAUGCAAAUAUGAAGCCUCCUGUCAUGUGGUAAAAUCUCAACUCUUCCUGCUAUUUUAUAAAUAUAGGUAUACAAAGAACCAGUGAUACACCUAAAUCCUGAUUUAAAAAAAAAAAAAAAAACAUAAAUAGUGUUAAAAAAACAACACAUAAGAAAAAGGAAUAGAAAUAAGAGGAUCAUAAAAUACAAUUAAUCUCAUAAUCUAUAUUUAGCCCUAAAGGGGUUCGUGUCCUCAUUUCAAAAUUCCAUUUUGAUUCUUGUAGACUCAAUUUUUUCGCUAAAUUACCCCCUCUCCAUGAUUAUUUAUUCUAUUCCAUAAAAUUCUAAAGUGCUAGGGUCUGAAUUGUGCUUUUUAAAAAAAGUGCUUAGAUACACUGAUUUAUAAAACCCUUCUUGAUGUUUCUAAUAUGCUCACUAAUUCUAAUUUUCAUCAUUCUGGAUGUCUUACUACUGGUACCCACAUGCACAUUUUAGUAAAUAGAUUAUAUUCUUAGUAUGACCGGAAAUAAAGGUUUUAAUUUUAUAUUUCUUAUUGGUUACCGUGGAAACACAUUCUUUCACAUUUUUAUUAGUUAUGUUUGAAUUGGUACAUGCAUUGCACGAACCACAGUGAUAAAAGCCUGUUUGGUUUUGUGUCCACGUAGUUAAAAAGUUAUUUGUAACCUUUGGGGUCUCUCUCUCUCUAUAAAACUUCUUAUUAAUUUUUGUUUGAAGUUCUUAGCCCCCCUAAAGAUAAAUUAAGGUUUUUCACCAAUAAAUUUUUAUUUCAUGUUCCUGUCUCAGGAUAUGCCAAUUUUUGUAUUUUUUUUUAAUAAUGUGUUAUACUUUUCCCACAUCGCUAGAAUAGUUAAAAAUAAAUGGGAUUUGGUCUCUAGAGAUAUCUUUAGUAUUCUUUUUCCCAUAUUUUAAAAGCGGUGAUCUCUCCAUAGCAGCAAUAUCUUUGAUCUGUUUUUUUUUUUUUUUUUUUGAGUUUUCUCAUCAUUCCCUUUUUCUACAAAUUGUUCUUUUAAAGUGCAUGCGUGUGAAUAAAAAAUCAGGGAGAUGUGAACAAUUUCUUCUCAUUCUUAAAAACUGUCCUUUAGGGAUAUUAGGUUGAUGACAGCUUUUUAUUUCAAUAUAACUAACAUCAACCUGUUUAAAAAAAACUUCGAGUCAUUAUCUGGUUGUUUGAAAUAUAUUUAAAUCUAAAAAAAUCUAUUACUAAUAUUCUUGGUUAAAAUAAUUCCACAGUCAUUGGUAUUAAGAGUAUUAAAAAAAAGUAUUAAAUAAAAUAUGAUACCUUCCAAAUCAAAAAAAUUUCAUCUACAUAUCUUUUAUACAGGACCAGGUUCGCACCGAAUUCAUGGUCUUGAUAGAUAAAUUGUUUUUCCCAAUGCGCCAUGAACAAAUUGGCAUAACACGGUGCGAACCUGGUCCCCAUUGCGUUUCCUUUCAUUUGCAUAUAAAAAUCAUUUUCAAACCAAAAAUAAUUAUUUUCAAGAAUCAUAUUAAUACACCGUAAAAUAUAAUCUCUCUGUGUAUCUUUAUAAAGAUUUGAUUCGUCUAGGGAACAUUUUAUAGCCUCACAUCCUUUCUUGUGCUCAAUUAUUGUGUAUAGGCUGGUUACAUCGCAUGUAACCAAGAAGUAGUCCAUUUCCCGUUUAAAUUCCUUUAAAAUAUUAAACUCAUCGUGUCUUGGAGAUAUGAUUGGCUCUUUUUCACUAAAGGUUGACGGUGAAAGUUGAUGUAUUGAGAAAGAGGUGAUAAGACUGAAUUAAUACCUGAUAUUAUUGGACUUCCAGGGGGAUUUAUGGGGUCUUUAUGUAUUUUGGAAGUAUAUUACUUGCAUAUAUUACUGGUAUUCUAGGAUGUUCUUGUAAUAAGGACAUUUCACCUUGGUUGAUAAUACCAUUAUCAAGUCCUUCUUUCAAAUAUGUUGUAUACAAUUCUUUAAUAUCAUUUGUUGGAUCUUUUAUUCCGUUUUUUUUAUACAUAUUUGUAUCCCCUAGUUGUCGUUUUAUCUCUUCCAAAUAUUGCACUUUAUCCAAAAUUACUACAUAUUACUACAAUAUUAUAUAGAUAAGGGUUUUAUUUUAUAAAUUUCCCUCAAGGCAUGCACGUUCAAAAACUCAUAUCUUUUCCGAUUUUAUAAAUAAAGGGUAAUUGGAUUUGCUCUUUAAAUUUGAAUGUAUAAUAUCUGACUUAUCACUUUGAAUUGUAUUCUGAUUAAAAGGUGUUUGUUUCUUUUCUCUUAAAAAAUAUUUUUAAACAUAAUUUCCUUGUAUGCCUAUUUAUAUCAAGAUAAGUUUCAAAUUUAUACACUGAACAAUGUGGUGCAAAUUUGAACCCCGUAAAUAAGAAAAAGACCAGCAAUAUAAAAGUGUUUAAUUUGUCUAAAAAAAGUGAGAGCACUUUUUUAAGAUAAAUUUAAACACUUUUAUAUUGCUGGUCUUUUUCUUAUUUCUGCAAAAAGCUCUCCCUCCUCUCUUUCCUCUUCUAAAGCUUUAUCUUUUUCUUGGGGUGUCUUUUAAACAACUUUCCCAUCUUGAUCUUUGUUCUAAAAAAGGCACCUCCUCAUCCCUUUUUUCUUGUAACUGUUCAAAACGAUUUUUUAGAGGAAUUUGAAAAGGUUGUUUAUUCUGUGAUGGUAUUUUGUUAUAGGGACUUCCAUGUCUUGGACUUUCUCACUAUACGUAGGGCGAUGUUUAGGGGUAACAGGAUUCUGGACUCUAUAUGGUCGGAUAUUAUCAUUAUGGUGGUGCCUGGAUGGUUUAUUAGGCUCUCUCUAUUAUAUGAUGAUUUCCUAGGAAGUGACGGAACGCAAGAGACUACAUGGACACAAUCAUUGGUCUUGUAUGUGUGGGAGGGCAUAGGUUAAGGUCGUAAACCGGAAAUGGCGCCAUAUUGGGGAUGGCGAACCAUAUCCGGUUAUGACCAUAUUUGGAAGUGGCAGGGAAUUUGUACCCCAAUUAACACCAGCUGUAAUUAAGUGAUAGAUAUAUGUAUAUAUCUAUUGAUCACAUGUUCAGUGUACAGUAUAUGCACCUGAGGAAGACCUUACAGAGGUUGAAACGCGUUGUGCUUUUAUUUAUUUUAUAUACAAAAGUUAAGUAAAUCCUUUUUAUAUUUGUCACCUGGGAUCCUGGAAUCUUUGUUGCUGACAUCACUAAGUUCCUGUGGAUGUGACUGCUGAGUAUAUCUCUUUACUUAUCUCGUGGAGUGAGAUGAAAUGCUCUAUAAGUUCAGAGCCAACUUUUAAUAGGCUUAAAAAAAUUGUGAGUUUAUAGACUACUUCUAUCCAUUAUAUUUUAUAUAAAUACAGAUUACACUAUGUAUAUGUAGAUCUAUUUUAUAGGUUAAAGAAUUGUUCUACAAGAGGAACCUAUGUUAUAUAUAUUUAAAUAUUUCAUAAGGUAAAUUCAUUCCUUUUAUGUGCGCUUAGUCACUUUAUAACUUUUUGUAUUAUCAUGUGUUUGUAGUAUAUGCUCAGCAGCUAUAAAAGACAUUGGAAGCAUUCAUAUUUACUGAGCCACUGGUUUAGUGAGAAUUCCCUGCAGAUGAUGCAAACCCUUGAGAUUUGCAGCACAUAGUGAAAGUUAAAGUAGCUUUUUAAACAUAUGUAUAUAUGUGUAUGUAUGUAUAUGUCUAUGUAUGUGUGCGCACACGCACGUAAAUUGACCCUUUAUCUUAAUAAUUUCCUUACUGCUUUUCAACACUUUAUGUAAGAAAACCUUGAAAAAUUGGUGCACACUCAGGAUUUAAUCCAACAAACUAACUUUUAUUUUCAAAUGGUGAAAAUGACAUCAAUGAUUAACGUUUAGGUCCCUCCAUGGUCCUGCCUCAAGAUAUAUCCUUUCUAAUUUGGGUGUCCUUUUAAGAUCUGCAUUUCUUUCUAUUUUAAUUGCUAAAUGUUCAUAUACCUUUUGAAAAAUGGUUUGCUCGAUAACCGCAUUCAGUCAAUUGAUUAAACUAUCUAUUAUACCAUGAAAGGCUUAGGGACCAUUUAAAAAAAAAAGAGAGCGAAUAAUAUAGAUAUAUAGAUAUAGUAUGGCUAAUUUUCAGUAUAAUGGUGUUUUGAUCAGCAUUGACUAUUUGCCCUCUACGAUUUUUUUUGAUUUUUUUUUUAUUAUAUGGAAGUGUUGCUAUAUGGAACCUCCCUUAUUGUUACAUGAUACCUUUUCUAGUAUUCACAUAUUUGUACAACAAUGUCAUCUCUAAUGGGACAUAGGACUAAUGUUUGUUAUUUAUUUAGAAAUGGGUUGACAAUCUGUAUUCUUAAUUAACACAGUAUGGACUCUGUCUGUGUGAAUUUCCAGUGCUGAAAGCUGCAUUUAUUUAUUUUCUUCUCCCUUCUAUCUAGGAUACACACCUGGAACGCCAUACAAAGUCUCCUGUUCACCCACCAGUGGGGCUGUGCCACCUUAUUCCUCAUCCCCAAAUCCUUACCAGACUGCAGUUUACCCAGUACGAAGUGCCUAUCCACAACAAAACCCAUAUGCACAGGUACAUUUCUCUCUGAAAAUCUUUACCAGCCAAAUCAUUUUUGCUUUGCAAAAUUAAAAUCAAUGCAGGAUGCAUCUUUGAAAGCAUGCUUUUAAAGCCUAAAUAGAUGCUCCAGACUGGAUUUGAUUGUGUGUAAAUCUAUCUAUACAGGAGAGAGAGAUGUCUAUGGGAUAUAUAUAUAUAUAUAUAUAUAUAUAUAUAUAUAUAUAUAUAUAUGUUUGUUUUUUUUAGUGUUUUUUUUUUUUUUAAUUCUUUGAAUUAUAUGGUUUCGCAUAUCAGGACAUAACCUCACAUGAACAACACAUUCCCUUUUACAUUGUCAUGUUUUAUUUAGUCAAAAUUUAGAAGCAAUGUGUGGAAAAAUGAAGUACACCUGUAAUGCUGCCAUGGGAUUUAAGGCAGGUGCUGCUAAUCAUAUGCACUUGAUUAAUUGAUCCGCUAGAUUGACCACCUCUAUAAAAGCCAAAGUUUUAGCAGUUUGCUGGAGCAUUCAGGUGUGUGUUAACACAAUGCUAAGGAGGAAAGACAUCAGCAAUGAUCUUAGAGAAGUAAGUGUUGCUGCCCAUCAAACUAGGAAGGGUUAUAAGGCCAUUUCUAAAUAUUUAAAGUCCAUCAUUCUACUCUAAGAAACAUUAUACAAAAGUGGAAAACAUUAAAGACCAUUGCCAUCCUAGGAGUGGAGUGGCCCAGCAAAUAUAUUCCAAGGUCAGAUCAGGCAAUGCUCAGAGAAUUUGUAAAGAACCCAAGAGUUACAUCGAAGACUCUACAAGCCUCAGCAUGUUAAAGUUCAUGAUGAUACAAUUAGAAAAACACGGAAAAAAUAUGGUUUGUUUGGAAGGGUUGCCAGGAGACAGCCUUUUCUCUCUAAAGUUGGCUUAGGUUUGCAAAGUUGCAUCCGAACAAACCACAAGACUUCUGGAACAAUGUCCUUUGGACAGAUGACACCAGACUAGGCAUGUGUGGGCCACAAUGCACAGCGCCACGUUUGCCAAAAACUAAACACCGCAUAUCAGCACAAAGGCCUCAUAUCAACUGUCAAGCAAGGUGGUGGUGGGUUAAUGAUCUGGGCUUGUUUUGCAGCGACAGGACAUGAGACUCUUGCAUUCAUUGAAUCCACCAUGAACUACUCUGUUUACCAAAGUAUUCUAGAGUCAAAUGUGAAGCCAUCUGUCUGACAGCUAAAGCUUGGCUGAAAUUGGGUCAUGCAUCAGCACAAUGAUCCCAAGCAAAUCACCUGAACUGCACUACUCCAUUACCUGUAGAGGCAUUCCUAGUACAUUUGAUUUAAUAAAAAAGUUAUGCGGAGGGAGGGGGUAGGUGUAAAAUUGUGAUUUUUAAAGUCUGUGGAUAGUUAAUACAAUGUUAAAAAUCUGCACACCAGUCAAGCCAUCACUGCAGAUUUGUGAUUUCUUUGGGAAAAGCAAGUCUUAUGGCUUGACUGGUGUGCAGAUUUUUGUUUAACAUUGUAUUAGCUAUCCACAGACUUCAGGUGGAAGGGGUUUUCAAUCACAAUUUUACACCUACCCCCUCCCUCCGCAUAACUUGUUUAUUAAAUCAAAUGUACCAGGAAUGCCCCUACAGGUAAUGGAGAAGUGCAGUCACCAUGCCAUUUUAGAACUUGGUGUUCUCUAUCGUUUCCUCUAGCUGGAAAGAAGUGAUCGUUCACAUUUUUACCAUUAGAUGUUCUCUUUUGCUUGAUAAUCGAAUUAUAGCUCUCCUGGAUUGGAGGCAGACAAACUACUGUAUUUAGCCACCCUAGUGGGUUUUUUUUUGCCAACCGGCCCCUAUCAACAACCUUUGUAUGGAUGGACAAUGACUCUUCCCUUAUAUAUAAUUUGCACAGUACAUUAGUUUUCAUAUAAUGGUAUAUUGUCAUUCAAAAUGUAUAUACCGCCAACAUAUUCCACUGUGCUUUACAAGAUUUUACCACUGCUUUAACCAGCCAGUACUUGUAAAUCCAAGAACGGAGGAGACACAACUGUGCGUAUAGAAGUGCAGCUUUAAAUAAGGUGUAAGCCAAAAUGUUGAAACUACACUGAACAAAUUUAUAAACGCAACACUUUUUUUUUUGUUUUUGCCCCCAUUUUUCAUGAGCUGAAUUCAAUGACCGAAGACUUUUUUUUUUUUCUAUGUACACAAAAGGCCUAUUUCUCUCAAAUAUUGUUCAUAAGUCUGUCUAAAUCUGUGUUAGUGAGCACUUCUCCUUUGCUGAGAUAAUCCAUCCGCCUCACCGGUGUGGCAUAUCAAGAUGCUGAUUAGACAGCAAAGGCCACUCUAAAAUGUACAGUUUUAUCACACAGCACAAUGCCACAGAUGUCGCAAGUUUUGAGGAAUGUCCACCAGAGCUGUUGCCUGUGAAUUUAAUGUUUAUUUCUCUACCAUAAGCAGUCUCCAAAGGCAUUUUAGAGAAUUUGACAGUGCAUCCAACUGGCCUCAACCGCAGACCCACAUGUAACCACACCAGUCAAACCUCCACACCCAGCAUAUUCGCCUCCAUGAUCGUCUGAGACCAGCCACCCGGACAGCUGCUGCAACAAUCGGUUUGCAUAAGCAAAUAAUUUCUGCACAAACUGUCAGAAACAGUCUCCGGGAAGCUCAUCGGGGUCUCGACCUGACAGUUCGUCAUCCUAACCAACUUGAGUGGGCAAAUGCUCACAUUUGAUGGCAUCUGGCACUUUGGAGAAGUGUUCUCUUCACGGAUGAAUCCCGUUUUUUUACUGUACAGGGCAGAUGGCAGACAGCGUGUAUGGCAUUGUGUGAGUGAGCAGUUCCUGAUGUCAUCGUUGUGGAGAGUGGCCCACGGUGGCGGUAGGGUUAUGGUAUGGGCAAGCGUAUGUUAUGGACAACGAACACAGAUGCAUUUUGAAUGCACCGAUACCGUGAGGAGAUCCUGAGACCAUUGUUGUGCCAUUCAUCCAUGACCAUCACCUCGUGUUGUAGCAUGAUAAUGCACGGCCCCAUGUUGCAAGGCCCUGCACUCAAUUCCUGGAAGCUGAAAACUUCCCAGUUCUUGCAUGGUCAGUAUACUCACCGGACAUGUCACCCAUUGAACAUGUUUUGGAUGCUCUGGAUCGGAGUAUAUGGCAGUGUGUUCCAGGUCCUGCCAAUAUCCAGAAACUUCACACAGCCAUUGAAAAGGAGUGGACCAACAUUCCACAGGCCACAAUCAACAAGCUGAUCAACUCUAUGCAAAGGAGAUGUGUUGCACUGUGUGUGGCAAAUGGUGGUCACACCAGACACUGACUGGUUUUUGGACCCCACCAAUACAGUAAAACUGCACAUUUUAGAGAGGCCGUUUAUUUGUGGCCAGCGUAAGGCACACCUGUGCAAUAAUCAUGCUGUCUAAUCAGCAUCUUGAUAUGCCACACCCGUGAGGUGGAUGGAUUAUCUUGGCAAAGGAGAAGUGCUCACUAACACAGAUUUAGACAGAUUUGUGAACAAUAUUUGAGAGAAAUAGGCCUUUUCUGUACAUAGCAAAAGGCUUAGCUCUUUGAGUUCAGCUCAUGAUAAAUGGGGGCAAAAACAAGUGUUGUUUAUAAUUUUGUUCAGUAUAUGUUGGAUACGUGUAAAAUAAAAGCUUUAACUGCAAGUGUCUCCUCAAUUCUGGAUUUGUAGUGAGGGAAGUCUGAGAUUAUUUUAUAACAAGUUAUGCCUUUUUAAAGCACUUUCAAAGGACAAAUCUGAAUUUAAAAAUACCAAAGCUAUAUAUUAAAAGUGGAGUUGAUACUUGGUGUAUUUAAAGGGAAACUCCAUUGCCAAAAUAAAAAAUCACUGUUUUGUAUAUAUACCCCCAAUAAAAACUUGCAUGCAUUUAAUUUUGCUUUAUUUUUUUCCCAUUGGAGUUAUAUCUACAAACAGCAUGCAAAAACUACACUUAUCUUGUCUGCUGCCUUUGCAAACCUUCCCCUUCUAACCCUGUACAGACUUUAUGUAGCUAUCCAAUUACUUAAUGCAGUUCAAUGAGAAGUCUUUGCAAGGCUUGUGCUCUGAGCAGUUGCUGCCUCUUGAGUUUUUCUCCACUGAGUUAAACAAACCAAAAAGUAACAGGACAGGUUGCUAGAGAAGCCAGGUGGUGUAACCAGUACAGUUUAUCAAAGUUUUAGUUUCUAUUGAAGUCUACACUCUUUAAAAAAAUGGGGGUGGGGGGGAGGGGGUAGACACUCUUCACCCAUAAAGCUUUUCAGCAAGCUAAAGUGCUUUAGGGGUUUGGAAUGUCCCUUUAAGGGAAUACUGCAAGCACAAUCUCCACUAAAAAGCACUGUAGUGGUUAUGGUGCCAGGAGUGUGCUGGAAUCCCACCACGAUAUGGUGUGAAACUAUUUUACAAUAGAAUAAAAUCCUACUUGGGAUCAAUCGGACACCGCUCCCCUCUUGCACUACUUUCCAUGGAGAGGCGGAAGCUCUCUACUGGUGCAGGGCUUAGUUCACCGGCUAAUGCUCUCAGGAGAGCUAAUCAAUGUUCCAUAGAAUCUUCCACCUCUCCAGCGUUAAUGGUGGCUAGAAGCAAAAAUUUAAACUGUUUUGAUUUCUUACAAAGGUUGUGCCAGUGCACUCCAGGCACCAUAUCCACUACAGCAUGUGGAAUGUUCCUUUAAAUAUCGAAUCAACGGGGGCGGAGCUUGGGAGCAAGACGAGACAGAUUUCAUUUCCAACAGCUCCCGAUCUGCCGACACUAUUUUACAAAUGAAGACCUCUCACGGGAGCCCUUCACCCUCCAAACCACUCACAUCAACCUCAGGAACCCUUGCCGCAUCAAUCGAUGCCUUUUAUGUACGCACCGAAGUAGACCAAAGUGAAACGCAAGCCGGGAGCCUGUGCGCCCUCGGCUUCCCCUGUCUGAAGACUUUCCUCCUCGGGUCACGUCUGAGCGACAUUCCCGCUGCCAUGGGGAAGAACACGACAGCCCCCCACAGCGCUGAAGCAGCGAUGGGGAGACGAUCCCAAAAACCUCAGCCAGGUAUUCCGGCCGAUCAGGGCUAUAUAGGGACACUACUACAGCGCCAAGCGCGCCCCAAGAUGGCCGCUGCAGAAGGCCCAGUUCUCUCUGUUCCCUCUCCACAGCCAGUCCAGGCCAAGCCACCGGAACAGCCUGCACCUCGGAGCUCCCAACUCCCAGUUACUGCCACAUCAGAUGGUUCUGCUACAAAACAAGACCUGCAGAAUAUGCUGCACGAAUUCCAGAAAAUCCUGGCAGCAGAGCUAGCACUUCUCCAUACAGGUAUACAGCAGAGGGUGCUAUGCAGGAUAUGCAGAAUGGAAUGUCUACAAUGAACAAGACAAUCCUACAACUACAAUCCACCCAGCAGGCAUUUUCACUGCAGCUGUCAGCCCAAGAAGAUAGAUAUAGACGGAACCACAUUAAAAUCGGGAGCAUACCCGCAACAGUAACUGUUGAAGAAAUGCCGCACUACAUCAGAAGACUCUUUGCCUCCGUACUGCCUCCGUCGGUAGCCAAAAAGAUCACCCUGGCAGGUAUAUACCGCCUCCCUACAAGGGCAUCACCAACAACACCCCUGGAUGGGGAUGUAAUCCUGCGCUGCUCCUUACCACAGAAGGCCCAAAUCAUGGCUGCCCUGAUGGGUCGAACCCCACUCAUGUUCGAGGACUUUUCCUUUUACCAGGAUCUAACCAGAGCCACACUUCAGUGGCGCAAAUCACUGAGCCAACUUACAGGGCACCUAUAGAGUGACCUACAGAUGGGCGGCACAAAGAUCGCUAAUCGUCACACACAAACUCUCCUCUGAAAUUGAGGCUCCUGGGCCCCAUGAACUUAACACCCACUACCCCUGCCCAGACGCCUACCCAGACCUGGGACGCAAACCAAGUGGUGCCGUUUGUGCCUAGAAAUGGAACCGGAAACACUGAGGAGGCAGACCACGACCCCAAAAAUCGGCAGCACAAGCCACAGCCCAAGCUGUUUGUUUAGGUUUAUGGUUUUUACAUGUUCACAUUGUUCUUUUACACCUCUUCCUCAUUUCUUGUUCUAGAGCACCAAAUUACACUCCGCAACUACGGGGAGACGUCUACCAAUGGAGACCCCCCCUCCCACCCCCUCGAAUAGCAUGACAGACCCACACCAGUCUUGCAACCCAUGCCAAUCUAAGCUAAAACAAACCCCUCCUUCCCCGACCCUCCCACUGGUCAGGGACGACCACCCCUCACAAGUAAGCCCUCAAUAGAUCCUAACUACCAUAUCUUCUAACAAAGGUGAGACCAUUGUAAGGCAAUCUCCUAGUCAAUAUGUCGACACAAGCAUACAACCCAAUCACCUCCAGACACCAUCUUGUACUGCACUACCUACAAGUCAGCAAUCUUGCAUAUAAUACCUCGGUCCUGCCUCUGACCACACAUAUGCCACUAAGCUCUCCCUAGGAAGACUCCUCACAAUCUCCUUUACAUUAAAGUAAUCAAUGUCUAUCUCCUCAUGGUUACCUUGGGUCAUAACCUUAUGUGCACCCUAACCAUGACACCUAUUGUUUGUUAGUGUUUCAUUGACGCACGUGUCACAUCAUGCUAUUACUAUAUAAUAUGCACAACGAAAAUAAAGAAUUUUUUUUAAAAUUGAAUUUAUCUGCUUUUCAUAUUUUUUUCAUUUUUCUUUUUUUUCAUACCUACAUAGUACAUUACUUUUGUGUAAUUUGUCUAAACUGUACAAAAUGUACACUAUUUUAGUACAUUUAUUUGCUCAUGCACAAACUCCACAUAUUGCGUUCGGUAAUGUAUAGUUACUAAAAGUGAGCUCUCUGCUGAUUGCCCAUUUAUCAUUACAGCAAGGAGCAUACUAUGCACAGCCUCUGUAUGCAGCCCCUCCUCAUGUAAUUCAUCACACUACUGUUGUACAACCCAAUGGAAUGCCAGCAACAAUGUAUCCUGCUCAGAUCCCUCAGCCUAGAGGUAAUGGAAUGGCCAUGGGAAUGGUUGCUGGGACCACAAUGGCGAUGUCUGCAGGUACCUAUGACUUUUUGUGCAUAUCUUAGAUUACUAGCAAACUAGACGUUAAGUUUUAAACCAAUAUAUGCAAAUAUUUGACUGUUCCAGGAAAAUUCUUCUUCAUAAAAGAUCACAACACUGUAAGAAUUAAAUUGCAUACAGAUAAGUUAAAAAUGUUUUGUAGUGUAUUGCGGAAAAAUGCUCUGCUUAACAGAACCCAGUAAUCUCAUAAUAUAUUGCCUAUCAGAACAUGGUAAUCUGUGUUUAAAACUAAAUCAUUCUUUUAACCUUUGCUUGUUUUGAUAAAAGCAAAAGUUCAAAUUCUGUUGAAACCUCAAAUAUAAACCUAUUGGUUUGUCUUUACAUAAUUAAGGUAAGCUGAACAUAGAUCCUGACCCUUUCACAAUGUACACCGACCUUAUGGCUCUCUGAAAUGAAAGAUUGCGGCAACCUGGUUAAAGGGACAUUCCACUGCCCAACUCUAAAAAUAAAUCACUGUUUAGUAAAUAUAAUCCCAAUAAAAGAUAUGUCAUAAAUGUGUUUAUUUUUGGGUUUGUUCUAAAAACAGGUUUUCUUGUCUGCAGCCUUUGCAAGCCCUCCCAAAUUAUCUGUGGCUAUCCAAUCACAGACUUCCCAAUGCUGCUCAAUGAGAAGUCUUUGGCUGGCAGUUGUUUAGAGCAGUUGCCUGCCUCUUGAUUUUAGGUCCCUUGAGCUAAGCGACCAGGAUGUAACAGGACAGAUAUUUAAAUGUUCAUUGGGAUUUGAGAGAGUGGCCAAGUAACUUUAUUUAUCUUUAUUUUCUCUAUUCGGUUUUUAUUGUAAGGACAGGUUGUCUGACAGCCAGGUGGGUUACCAUGGUUCAUUUAUAAAAGUGCCAACUUCUAUUAAAAUCUUCACUUUUUGUAAAAUUGUAAAAACACUUGAAGCACUUCAGCAAGCUGGAGUGUCCCUUUAAUUCCAUGUAAAAACUAGCGACUCGUUUCUUGUAGCUUGAUACAGAUUGGAAGCAUGUUUCACUCUGAAACUUGAAUGUAUGCUUCCUGGAAUACAAUUGCACUUGCCUUUGCUAUAUCCUUUUUUUGUCUUUGGGCUUUGUUUAAGUUUAUCACCAUUUUAAACUUUAAUAACUGUUAAUAAUAAAGAAAUACAGGUCUGCAGAGAACCUGUGAUGUGAGCCAGUCUAAAUUUUAUUUAACAUUUAUUUAUUUUUAUUAUAUGCUGAUGCAUAAACCGGUUAUGACUGCCAUUUCCUUAGAAAUAAGUAUCUAAAGUGGUUACAGAUUUACUUUAAGUUAUUGCUGCUUUGUAGCUGUUUUUGUGUUUUAGGGGAAAACUGAUUUGUUAAAUUCAAAAUAUUUUGAGGGAUGAUUUUUGGAUUUUUUUUUUUUUCUUAGGUACUUUGUUGACAACCCAUUCACCAACUCCGGUACCCCCUCAUCAAGUCACUAUGCCUGCUUAUCGGCCACCGGGAACUCCUACUUAUAGUUAUGUCCCCCCACAAUGGUGAUUAGCCUACCAGUGUAAGUUACUGAGCAAUAUGUGCAUCACCAUGUCAUGAUCCAUUUACAUUGCCUUGCCUGGUUAUAUUUCCAGAUUGAUUUAACUGCUAACGAAUGUAAAUAUCUACACAAGAUCUGUGCAGUAUUGGGAAAUGUAAAUGCCUGGCAGUUUUACGGCACAUGUUCCAUUAUUUUAAGGUUUUGUGGUGUCCCUCUCCUGUCCCAGUCCUCUCUCUCUCCGGUCCCACUCCCCCCUCUCAUUUCUGUCAACUGCUUCUCCCUACUUGUUUCCCAUGCUUUUUUCACACACAAUCUAUGGUUGAAUGUCCCCAAUUUUAGUGAAUAAACCUACAAUAAUUUACUCGCCAAAAUCUGAGUUGUAGCAAAAUUAAACCUAAAUGGGGUUAAUUAUAGUAACCAAUUUGUUUUAGCCUAACAUUUUCCAUGUAGUCAGGAGAGCUCAUUCACCUUAAUAAAGUGAUAACCAAACAGAAAACCAGGAAAAAAAUAUAAAAUAUUCCAUUAACAAUAAGUCCUGUUUCACAUCACUGUACAUAUGUUUCAAGCAUCCUACUGGUUGUGUUUUGUGUUUUUGUUUCUUUCUACAUUUGUUUUGGAUUUAUUUAAUGAUUGCAUAUUGUGUGCUAUACACAAAUUUGAAAGAAAGUUUGGAUACCUGUUUGUGUAAUUUUAAUGUUCAUUGUCCUGCUCAAAUGCUGGGACUAAAGUCCUUUUUGGAGAACAUGUAGGGAAACUGUGAUCUAAAAAUAUAUGUAGAAUUGUCUAGACUCCUAGAUAAACGUAGAGCACUUAAAGAAGAAGGCACCAUUCAAUUGCUUUUGGUUUGCCUAUUUAUGGGUGGGCUGCCAGAAACCUGUGCUGUGUGUUGUAGCAGUAAAGAAAGCGUAUAGGCAUUCAGUUUUGUUGUGCAAGUCGCGUGGACUGCUCUCAGCAGUAGAAUGGUGUAAUCUGCUAGUGUGGUGUGACAGCAACUAGUUUAAAGGGACACUAACUAUAACAACUACAGCUUAUUGUAUUUGUUCUGGUGAUUAUAAUCAUUCUAUUCAGGCUUUUUGCAGUAAACUGUCUUUUCAGAGAAAAUGCAGUGCUUACAUUACAGCCUAGGGAUAACUUCAUUCAGUGUCUCCACACUCUGCAUGCAGACACUGAACUUUUCUCAUAGAGCUGCAUUGAUUCAAUCCAUCUCUGAAGAGAUAAUGCUUGGUCAGGGCUGUGUUUGGCUUGUGUUGGCUCUGCUCCUAUGAUGUGAGCCAAGGAGGCAGAGCAAAGCCAUCAGCAGACUGAAAAAAGGUAAGAUUUUGCUAUAUUUAGGGGAGAAAAGGGGGACCACUGGGAAUAGAUGGUGUUUUUAACACUAUAGAGUUUAGGGAUACAUGUGUUCCUUUAAGUCUUAAAAAGUAAAAAAAAAAAAAAUGUUCUAAGAACAUUUUGUUUAAAACAACUAUCUGGUUCUUGCAACUAAACAGGCCUAAUCCAGCUGCUAAAUUAUGUGCUAUUUAUCAAUGCAGACAAUGCUUACAAUAUUAAUCAGUCUAUAGUCAGGUGAAACUAUGGGAAGUGAUACUUUCAUGAGCCAUACUGUGUAUGCAAGGGGGGAGGGGGGAGGGUUGAAAGACUCAUCUAUUGUUUAGUAUUGAAAUAAGUUCAUUUGUCUUACAGGGAGCCAUAACCUAUUUUCAUUAUGGCAAUCAGAUUAUUGUAUUGAACACUGUCACAGAGGCUUGUGUGCAUACACUGGAUUCAUUGACGGCACAUUAGAUUGAAGUGUCUGUCAGGAGACUUAAGGAUCAUUGGAGAGAUUGUAUGGGAUAGUGUACGAAUCUCUUAUUUUAUUUAUUUUGUUUUUCCAAUCAGAGACCCUGUUUUGUGUUUGGUUUUUUUGGUAAUGACAAAUGUGACACUUUAUUAAUUAUAGUACGCUCUUGCACAGGUUUGAAGAUGGAAGAUAUGCAACAAAGAGAGAGGCUUAAUAGAUGGUGAUGAAGCUUCCAUGCCUCCAGCAAAGAGUUUCUUCCUUUUUGAAUGAUCUCAACACUUUGUCUAACACUAAUUCAGGAUCCAAGAAGAUUUCCAUUACUGCAUAUCUUAACAUCUUGGAACUCUAGUGGUUGUCUUAUAACGAAAAUCCUGUUUUGUGGACAGUCUUGCAAUUUUUUUAGCUAACUAUAACGAUAAAAAAGGGAGUAAGUAUAAAGUUGUUUCAAUCUAUAACUAGUUGAAUGCAUGUUUAAAACACAGAAAUGAAGCUUGCACCGUUUAUUGCAGUGACUUAUGCAAAAAAACAUCAUAUGCAAAAUCCAAAGGAGCUGAGAAGAGGUUUAAGAAGACCUUGUUUCACUUGUGGAUUGGUAGAUACAUGCAAGGUCAUUUGUUAAUACUAAUCGUCCCAUUGUGUACGUUGAGUGUUGCUCAAACGUAUUUGAAGAUUGCUAUUAGUAUAAUGGGGCCACGUUUUAAAAGAAAUAUAUAUAUAUGAUCUCCAGAAAAUCCAAUUAGUGUACUUCAAACUUUUCAUGGUUUCUUUUCUUGUUUUUUUGUUUUGUUUUUUAUGUUUAUAUAGGAAUAGCUGACUCCAUUUUUUUUUUUUUUUUUUUUGGCUGGUAUGUGAAUAUAGAGAAUUUUAUUCAGUGUAGAAUGUUUUCAGGACUGCAGCAAUCAGUGCUAUAAUAAAAAUGGCACGAAAGACUGAUACAUAGAUCUAACCACCCACACAGGAACAGCAUUCACUUAUCAGUAUUGGCUUUACAGUAUUCAUAGCUUAGAGAGAAUUAUACUUCCAGCAUUCCAUAAUAAGGUGUUUUGGUUAUUUUUCUCUAAAUCGGGGAUCAGAUUAAGUCUUGAGUCUAUGCACACAAAAUGUGAACAAAAAGUGAAAGCUCACAUCUUUCAGUUGAUACGAUACAGUGACUUCAUUGUAAAAGGUGUGGGUGUGGGUGUUUCUUUUUUUUUUUUUAUAGCUUUACAUAUUUUAUUUAUCUUUGCUUUUUAUUUUUACAUCUUGUUGCAUAUUUUGUUUUCUCCAAAGACAGUAGUCUUACCAUUUUUACUUUUGUGUUGAAGUCCCAUAAUAAAUAUGGUAAAAUUUCCAAAUUCUUAUCUUUUGUAUUAGUUUUUGAGUCAUGAAGGAUUUUGAUACACUACUGUAUUCUUUAUAAAGUGUCAUGUUACAAAGUCCAGUACAUUUAACCUGCAAUAAAUUAUGCAGCAUGUAAUGGGAG